AUGGCCUCGCAGUUGGCUCGCUCUCUUGCCCGAGCUGCAAUUUCUCGAGGCAAUGUAGUCAGGGCAUUCUCGACUACGAACAUUCUGUCCGCCAAAGAUGAUGUCAUGGAGAAAUGGCCGGCUGAGAAGUUCGACAAGCACUUUAUUGACUACCUCAGCAGACCGGAGAUCGAUGGCUGGGAA